AUGAGGCCUAUUGCCCUUCCCGAGAUGUUGCCUGAGGGUGAGGACACUGUCCCAACAGUUGCAGAGCUCUUUGAGCCAGAGGACACCCUGACAGAUGCAGGCAUCGGGGCAUCGGGGGCCCUUCCUUUGGGGCGUGCCGUUCUACCCGACCCUCUCACAUCCGACAGCGACGGCAUGGCCCUCGACCCAUUGCCCGAUCCCGACUUGUCUGAUGGCACUGGGGUAAGCCCCGCCAUAGGCUGCGCCGACCUCCCUGACCCACUAUCAUUGGACUCUGAUGGCAUGGGACUGGAGGUCCCCUCAAUUAAUGUGGACAGCAAAGGUGAUACCAAGGAGGAUGACAGCAGCAACAGCGACAUUGGGGUACCACCAGCACCUGAGAUCAUCGACCUGACACGCGUCGACUCCUCAGAUGUGGAGGACGACGGCACCGACAGCAACUUUUCGGGUGUGCCGGCCCCUGAAAUUAUUGACCUGACACAUGUCGACGAUGAUGUGGUUUUCGAGGACGACAGUGGGGAUGAUGGGCAGUACGAGGAGGGUGAAUUUGAAGAUGAUGACAAGGCCAACGGAGAAGGGGGACUAGGUGCGCAAAUAUUAAUGGCACUUUUUUCUGGCCAAUUUAGCGCAGGACACCAGGAGACUGAAGAUGAGCCAGAUGGCACCAGCAACACCAUCACGCUGGCAGUCACCCAAUUGCUGAUCCCCACUGUCGGCCCUGCCGCCAUUUAA